AAUAUUUCAAGCUAAAAGUUUUAGUUGUUUCUCAAAAAAUCAUAAAAAUUGUUAAUGUAAUACGUUUUUAUUCAAUUUAAAUAGUAUCAGUUUUUUAUAAAUAUUUCAUUAUAGAAGAACUGAAUUUUUAUAAUAAUUUUUUUUUCAAUAUGAAUUUAAUAGUUCUUUUAUUUUUUUCGAUAUCUUUGGCAACUGUUACUGCCAAAUUAGAAUGCAAUUACUCUCAAUAUAUGUUGGAUUAUUUUAAACAUAAUGAAGUCUCAUUAUUAGAGAUGGAAAAGUGUGUACAAGAUAUAACUGUAGACGACGUGCUUACUUUUAACCAAGCUGUUCAGACUCACGAUAUAAUUGUUUUGUGUUUUUUAGAAGACUUAAAAGCAAAAAACCAUUUCACUUCAUUUGAUUUAAUUUCAGUAAACCUAUACUUAAAUAACAUUGGCAAUCAUUUGAAUAUAGUUGAGAAGGAUAAUAGUAUUAAUCAGGAACAACCACAUCCAGCUCUUAGUUUCUAUAAUGAGGACUCUAAAGAUUUAUAUUGGAAAACUCUUUUAAUUAAUGGUUCAAAAAUUAUUUUCCGAAUAUUAAUUGAACGAUUAGAACACCAAAUAAAAAUAAAUUGUAAAGAUGUAACAAUUUCAAAAUCAAAUUUCUUUGUAAAAUCAAACGUAAUGAAGCCAUAUUUACCAAGUGACUUACUUGUUGUAAAUAAAAACCUUAGAGAUGAAACGAUAACAAAAUUUUCUGAUAUCACUAAUAGUUCUAAUUUAAACUUACAUCCAAAAAGAUAUUUUUUAUACCAUAUUUUUAUGUAUGAUUUUUAUGGUUAUACUCAAGAGGAAUUCAAAGAAAAUUAUUUAUUAAAACAAAAGCAAAAAAAUUUAAAUCUAAUUCGAUUGACUCCUCUUAGCUAUAAAUGUUCCAAUGGAAAAAAUUUAACUCUUUUUGAAUUAAGUUUUUAUAUGUAUCAUACUUUUAAUGUAGAAGAUCUAAAAAUAUUCCAAAAAAUUGUCUUUGUAGCUUUUUUCCGUCCAAUAGCAAUACUUAUUCGUAAUUUUAUUAUUGUCGCCAAAAAAAUUUCUUCUAUCGAUACCGAUAAGAAAAAUGCAUCGGAAUUAAAAGAAAAAAUAGUUGUAAUGGGUUACAGUAUUCAUUAUUAUAUAUACAAAUUCAUAAAGUAUACAUGCGAUCUACCAAAAAAUAGAAACAUACAUUUUAUGAGAGCAUUAGCCACAGAUAUGUUUAGUCUUGUUUCUAAAUACAAAGAAUACUAUUCUCAAAAUCUUGAUGAACAAUUGGCUGAUAAACUUAUGAAUACGAUUAGGAACAUUAUGAUUCUUAGUAAAAUAAAAUUUUCUACAAAGUUAAAAUUAAAUACAAUUGAAACGAUAGAUGGCAAUCAGGUUAUUGAACAAGCCAUUUGUAUACUAAGGGAAGUAGAAAAGUAUAUCAUGGAGUUGCAGAUAUGGAAAGAUGAUUUAAAUGACGUGAUGGAAAAUCAAAGUCUUAUAAAUAGUUUAUAUGAUUCAAAUAAAGAAGAAUUUUUAACUACUGACAUUAUAAAUUAUUUAUGUCAUAGAAGUUUUCAUGGUAAAAAAAAUGAGGUAUUCACAGAUAAUCUCAACGUUGGACUUUUUGAAGAAGAUAGUAAUAAGGAUAGUGUUGAUGAUACAGUAUACAUUGACAAAGAGUUUGUAUUAGAUGAACUUGUAAAACUAGAAUUAAAUGAAGACAAAAUGUGGUCAAAUAAAUUAUUUUAUACACCUAAACAUUUAAUAAAUUACAUCCGUUAUCAUUAAUAAUUCUUAAUUUGUAAAUCAUAAGAAAAAUCUCCAAAUACAACAUAGCUUUUCAAGGUAUAUUUUGAUAAAUGUUCAUCAUAUAUUUACCAUAUAAUAUUCACCAUUUUGAUAUUUGAAUAACAAAUAUCUACUUAGAUAUUUAUAUACUUUUUUUUUUUUUGUUUAAAA